UAUAUAGCCUUGGUGAGUGUGGAAGGGUCCCUGGCAGUCAAAAUGAAGGCUCUGCUAUCUGCCUGCUUCGUGCUCUGUCUACUAGCGUGGGCCACUGCAGAUGCAGUGGCUGAGGUGGCCAGCCCUGUGGGUUCAGAAGAUGAGGCCUUGGUGCAGCUGAAGCUCCAGUCAGAGGGGGACCUGUUCCCCUGCGCCUGUGACCCCACCGAGGAGCUCAGUCCCAGCUCCUCCAAUGACACUCCGGCCCCUGAGAGAGUCUGCCAGCCCUGCAACCUGGGCUCUCUCCCCCUGGAGCAGGGGGUGGUGGAGGAAGAGGAGGAGGAGGAGGAGGCCAGCUCUGUAGAGGAAGCUGCUGUACCUGAAGAGGAUGCAGUGAGUGAGGAGGAAGGGGAGUCCUCUCAGGAAGAAGAGGAGGGGCCGGGAGAGGAAGGAGAGGGGGAGGCCGCUGCUGAAGAAGUGGAGGUGGCUGAGGCUGAUGCUGUUGAGGAGGAGACUGCUGAGGUAGAGGAGUUGGUAGGCGAGGAAGCCGCUGAGGAAGUCUCUGAUGAGGAAACGGCGGGGGAAGAGGAGACUGCUGAGGCAGAGGAGACUGCUGAGGAAGAGGAAGCCGUAACAGAAGAGUCAGCCCCUGAGGAGGAGCCUGCAGAGGAAAUAGAGGAGGAGGAAGCUGCAGAGCCAGCAGGUGAAGAGGCAGUGGAAGAGUCUGUUGAGGAGCCCGUUGCUGAAGAGGAGGAACAAGAGGCAGCUGAGGCAGUAGAGGUGGAGGCAGAGGCAGUAGAGGUGGAGGCAGAGGCAGUCGAGGCAGCUGAGGCACUAGAGGUGGAGGCAGAGGCAGAAGAGGCAGGGCCUGAGGAGGAGGAGGAGCCUGAGGUUCCUGAAGAAGCUGAAGAGGAAAACACUGCUGAAGAAGCAGAACUGGAAGCAGAGGAAUCAGUACCAGAGCCAGAACCAGAAGAGGUAGUCCCAGAACCGACUGCAGAAGUGGCAACAGAACCAGAGGAGGUAGCAGCAGAACAAGAGCCAGCUGCAGAGGAACCAGAAGCGGAAGAGGUGGAACCAGAGGCAGAAGUAAUUGCUGAGGUGACAGAAGUAGAACCGGAGCUAGUAGCAGAAGAGGCAGAGCCAGAACUAGCAACAGAAGACGUAGUACUAGAAGCAGAGCCAACUGUAGAGGAACCAGAGCCAGAGCCAGAGCCAAUUGCGGAACCAGAACCAGUACCAGAGGAGGCAGCAACCGUACCAGAGCCUGAACCAGAGGCAGUGGUGGAGGAGGUGACAGUUGAGGAAGCUGUGGUGGAGGAGGUGACAGUUGAGGAAGCUGUGGUGGAGGAGGUGACAGUUGAGGAAGCUGUGGUGGAGGAGGUGACAGUUGAGGAGGCAGUGGUGGAGGAGGUGACAGUUGAGGAGGCAGUAGUAGAGGACGUGGCAGUUGAGGAAGCUCCGGAGGCAACAGUGGAGAAGGUGGUACCAAAGGAAACACCUGCAAAAAAGACAGCCUCAUCAGGUCCUGUGUCGAGAGACAGGUCUCACAUUGAUGACACCCUCCGUCUGAGUUCAGAACCCUCAGCUGAAUAUACCACCACCCUGAAGAAGCUGCAGGCUAUCUACCACUCUACCAUCAAGCCCAUGGAGCAGGCUUACAAAUACAACGAGCUUCGCCAACACGAGGUCUCAGAUGCUGAAAUCGCUGCCAAGCCCUUGAUGUUGUUCCUUGGUCCUUGGAGUGUUGGCAAGUCCUCCAUGAUCAACUACCUGCUGGGUCUAGAGGAUACGUCCCAGAAGCUUUACACAGGCGCUGAGCCCACCACCUCUGAGUACACAGUGAUCAUGCACGGAGAGAAGCUGCGCACCGUUGAGGGCCUGGUCAUGGCAGCGGACAACUCACGGUCCUUUACGCCCCUGGAGAAGUUUGGGCAGGGCUUUCUGGAGAAGCUGGUGGGCAUCGAGAUGCCCCACAAGCUCCUGGAGAGGGUCACGUUUGUGGACACACCCGGCGUCAUCGAGAAUCGCAAGCAGCAAGAGAGAGGCUACCCUUACAACGAAGUGUGCCAGUGGUUCAUCGACCGCGCCGACCUGAUCUUCCUGGUGUUCGACCCCACCAAGCUGGACGUGGGCCUGGAGCUGGAGAUGCUCUUUCGGCAGAUGAAGGGCCGGGAGUCCCAGAUCCGCCUCAUCCUCAACAAGGCCGACAGCCUCUCCACGCAGAACCUCAUGCGCGUCUACGGCGCCCUCUUCUGGAGCAUGGCGCCGCUCAUCAACGUCACCGAGCCGCCGCGCGUCUACGUCAGCUCCUUCUGGGACCAGGACUACUCGGCGGACACCAGCCGCGAGCUGUUCCGCCGCGAGGAGGUCUCCCUGAUGGAGGACCUGAACCAGGUGAUCGAGAACCAGCUGGAGAACAAGAUCGCCUUCAUCCGCCAGCACGCCAUCCGGGUGCGCGUGCACGCCCUUCUGGUCGACCGCUACCUGCAGGCCUACUACGACAAGCUGGGCUGGUUCAGCGACCCGCACGAGGUCUUCAGCGACAUCGUCAACGACCCCGACCGCUACUACAUCUUCAAGGGCGUACUGGCCAAGACCAACGUGAGCAAGUUUGACCUGCCCGACCCCGAGCUGUACCGCGACUUCUUCGGCGUGACCCCGCCGAGCAACUUCAAGCAGCUGUCGCAGCACUGCAGCUGGAUGGGCGGCUGCCUGAUGGAGAAGAUCGAGAGGGCCAUCACCGACGACCUCCCGGCCCUGCUCAGCAGCCUGGGCGACAAGAAGGAGGCGGCCCAGGGGGCAGCGGCGGGGUCCAAGGGGGGGUCAGAAGAGACGGAGAAGCCCAAGAACCGCUGGCGAAAGCAAUGAGAUAAGAUGGAUGGGUGAGGGAGAGAUGGGUGAUGGAGAGAUGGGGGGGGUGGAGAGGGGGGGUGGAUGGGGGAAGGGGUGAAGAACAAGGGAGGAGAGAGUAAUUGGUUGAUUGAGGACUGAUGGCCCUGCACCAAGCUAAUUAAUUAAUGAAUGUAUGAAAUGCAUGUAAAAAAAAAACACGAAUGAAUGUGUAUGCAUAGGUGGACUGAUGUAUAGAUAAAGGGAUGGAUGGCUCUACGCUAUGCGUGAAUGGAUUGAUAUCUGGGUGCUCUGACUGAGGUGAUCGAAGGAGAGGAGAGGGGUUGGGGUGGGUGAAGCCCAGCAUGGUACAAAGCUAUGAUUUAUAGACGUUCAUCUCAAGAGAAAUAUGGGGAAAAAAAGAUGUGACAUAAAACAGAGACUGUCAGCGAUUAGGAUCAACUGUGUUGUGUGUUCACACGAUGAGAAGUCAUUGUGGUUUUUGUUUUGUUUGGGUAUUUCUCUUUUAUUUAUUUCCGUUUUACAGUUAGACAUGGCACAUCGGCCGAUGCACUAGUCUAAACAUUUCAGGACAUUCUUCCUAAACAGUUUUUUCCCUUGAUACAACUGUCUUGUUAAUACACAUUUGUACUGAUUCUUUGGAUUAGAGAACCUGUGGGUCUGCAUGAUAUCAGCUAAUUUUAUGACAUUAAAGUUAUUUGAUUUCCUUGUA